AUGUCUCUCAGGCAGAAGACAGACGCUCUUAGGCGGAAGAUCGAUGGCCUCCUUGCAGCAGGCGGCGACAUGGCAAUCCCAAUCCUCACAGCCAUUGACUCUGCAUCCGCUUCAUGUCCUCCUCUAAAGGCGGCCACUGGUAGCGCACUCUUCAUCCUCAUUGAGGUCCAAAAUUUUAGGGAAAAUAAGAAAGAGUGGGGUGAUUUUGGGAAAUACGUAGUUGAUGCUGUAGCCGAUGUACUUGCAACCAUCGAGUCCUAUGACACGUCGACGGAGGAGCAAAAACCUUGGCUAGAGAGUGUCAUAAAGCUUAGCGAUGUACUGCAACAGAUCAAGAAUGAGAUCGGUCGAAUCCUCACAAAAAUGGAGAAACGGUCUGCUAUCAUGAACGUAUUGUCGCACUUGAAGCGUCCGAGAAGAAUUGAUGGCUUAAAGAAAGUUCUCAACGAAGCCUUGGCAUCAUUUCAGCUGAGGACUAACCUAAUAACUGGCGCUCAACUAACAUACAUAGUAAGCGGUCAAGACCGCCUGAGUCGCAGGAUAGAGAACGACUCCGUUCUCAAUGAGCUUCGAUAUCCAGCUGUCGCCCACCAUGACCCAACUGAGGGGUGCCUGGAAGGCACCAGAAUAGAACUCAUCGAACACAUUAUGACUUGGUGUCACAACACAGAGGAUGGCGAGAAGCGGGUGAUGCUGCUCACUGCCGUGGCGGGCGCUGGUAAGACGUCCGUCGCCCACUCGAUUGCAGAGAAGUGCACCAGAGAAAGGACACUGUUGUUGAUCUUCUUCUUUAAGGCAGGCGAGCAAUCGAAGCCGGAUCGUCUGUUCAGCGGGAUGGCUCGGUCCCUAGCAAUGCACGACCCUGUGUAUCGUGCCUCCGUCAUAUCCGCUCUUCAGGACGAUCCAGCUCUCACGACGGCGCCAUUCACAGUGCAAUUCGAGAAAUUGGUGGCCGAACCUCUUCGCCUACACGCCCUGCCUUCCAGACGUCCGAUGGUGAUCAUCAUUGAUGCCUUGGAUGAAUGCGAGGCUCGUGAAUUCGAGCGCCUUGCCGACAUAGUUGGGCAGGGAAUCCCCAAAUUACCAUCCAACAUAAAAUUUUUUGUCACAUCGAGGCAAUUCGACCUUGUCGAUCGUUUCCUCUCACCUUAUUCCCUUAUUAAUCGCCUCAGCAUCAAUCUAACGGACAAGGCUAACGUGCAAGAUUGCGCUAUAUACAUUCGUACGCAGCUGCGUAAACUCAAGAUUGUACAUGCACGUUUUGGAGACGAACUUGAAGACGACGAUAAAUUGGUUCAAGAAAUUUUGGAACGUGCGGGUGGCUUGUUCAUUUGGAUCAGUACGGUCUUCCGUUACAUGAAGCUGGCGAGUGGUGCUCCUACGAGAAUGCUGAAGAAAUUGCUCGAUACUGGUGCCAAUCGGUUGAAGGCUUCUGCGGAGGAAAUGAUGGAUGCACUGUAUACAAGCAUCUUGGAGAAGUGUAAUUGGAAGGACGAAGAUUUUGUACACGACUACCCAAUUGUGAUGGGAGCAAUCUUAGUCGCACAACAGCCAUUGUCUGUUAUGGCUUGGGAUGCCAUUCUGUCACCUCUCUUGGAUUCCUCCAUCCAUUGCACAUUAGCUGAACUUGCUCCCCUUCUCUCGGGGGUCGAGGCUGGGGAAACUCAGACGCCAAUCCGUAUCCUGCAUCAAUCCUUGCGUGACUUUGUCAUGGACCGAAUCGAUCCACAAUCACCCACGCUUUGUCGUUUCCUGGUGGAUUCGAAGAGGGAGAAUGCUAGGGUAGCGCUGCGCUGCAUCGAAAUACUGAAUAUGGAUCUUUCCUCCACGGAAGGUUUAGGGCUAGUUCGAGAUUCGUUCGGAAGGGCUGAGCUGCUGCCCAUUCCCUCAGACACCCUUCCCGAACAAUUACGUUACGCAUGUCGGCAUAUCGUGUAUCAUCUCAACCAAGUUCAGGACCCGCUGGAGAUGCUCAAUGAAUUGGUCCGCACAUUUUUGAACCAACAAAUAUCGCGCUGGGUGGAAGUCUGUGUGAGAAUGGGAGGGUACAUCAGUAUUUCGGCACUCCCUGAGUGGGCCAAGGUAAACGUUAACCUGAGUUCAAAGGAGACCAUUCAGUCGUUGGUCAAGGUACUCGACAAUAUGAGAGGGAACGUGGCAUUCCUUUCAAGAUUCCAGGAAGCAUAUGAGUUGGCGAAGGAUUCUGUUGCACUCUACCGUUGCCUUGUGUCAGCGGACCCAGAGGUUUACACCCCCGAUUUGGCCGAAUCGCUGGGGGACCUUGGCGUGUCACUCAAUAGUCUUAGAUGGUAUUCCGAGACGCUUCCGGUAAUGGAAGAAAGUGUCAAUCUCUGGCGUCAGCUAGUUGCUGCUUGUCCGAAAUCGCACACCCCGGGAUUGGCUCGGUCACUCCACCGUCAUGGUGCAUCACUCGAGAACCUUGGACGACAUUCUGAAGCGCUCACGGUGAUUGAAGGAAGUGUCAAACUUUGGCGCGAGCUGAUUACAGUUGAUCCGACAUCAUACCUCCCAGACUUAGCUAAAUCAUUAGGGGAUCUGAAGAUAUCACUGGGCAAUCUUGGGCAGCAUUCCGACUCACUCCUCGUGGGUGAGGAAUGUGUCAAACUUUGGCGCAAGCUAGUUCCCAUUCAUCCGACAUUAUACACGCCAGAUUUGGCUCAAUCGCUCCAGAGUCUCAGCAUAUCAUUCAACUAUCUGGCACGGCACUCCGACUCACUCCCAGUGAUCGAAGAAUGUGUUAAACUCUGGCGUGAACUGGUUGCUGUUCAUCCAACGUCAUAUACCCCGGAUUUGACUCGAUCCCUUCACAAUCAUAAUGCAUCACUCGUGAACCUUGGAUGGCACUCUGAAUCUCUCGUGGUGAUUGAAGAAAGUGUAAAGCUUUGGCGCGAGUUAGUUGCCGUCCAUCCAACAUCAUACACACCAGAUUUAGCCCGAUCUCUCCGAAAUCUCAAGGUGUCACUUGACAAACUCGGACGACAUUCCGACGCGCUCGCAGCAAUCGAAGAAAGCGUCGACCUCUGGCGUGAACUCGCUGCUGUUCAUCCAACAUCAUACAUUGCGAAUUUAGCUCGAUCACUUGGGAACCUCUCAUGGUCACUGGACAAACUCGGACGCCAUUCCGAUGCGCUCCCGGUGAUCGAAGAAAGUGUCAAACUCUGGCGCAAGCUAGUUUCCGUUCAUCCAACCUUGCACACACCUGGCCUGGCACGAUCUCUCCGGAAUCUCAAGCUGUCACUCGACAAUCUUGGGCGGCAUUUGCAGGCACUCCUAGUGAUCCAAGAAACUGUCAAACUUUGGCGUGAACAAGCCUCCGUCCAUCCGACAUCGUACACCCAUAAUUUAGCUCGAUCACUUGGGGAUUUUUUGUGGUUCCUCGACAAACUGGGACAGCAUUCUGAGGCGCUUCCGGUAAUUGAAGAAAGUGUCAAAUUGUGGCGCGAGCUUGUUGCAAUUCACCCGACAUCAUACACCCCAGACUUGGCUCGAUCCCUUCACUACCUUAAAGUCUCACUCGAAAAUCUCGGGCGGCAUUCCGAAGCUCUCGCAGUGAUUGAAGAAAGUGUCAAAUUAUGGUGCGAGCUUGUUGCCGAUCACCCAACGUCAUACACCCAAGAUUUGGCUCGAUCCCUUCACGAUCUCAGUUGUUCAUUCUACAACCUUGGUCAGCAUGCGGAGGCCGUGUCAUUCAUUGAAGAGUCUAUCUUGCUUUGGCAUUCUCUACUUGUUACUCAUCCAACCUCAUAUACCUCUGAUUUAGCCAUGGCAUUGCAAUCUGCAUCAAUCACGUUUUCAUCCCUGGGGCGCUACGGAGAUGCGCUCGACAUGGGUGAAUCAUACUACCGCCAGCUUCAUUCUGAAUACCCUGAGGCCUAUGUACAUAAGCUUUGAGGGUCAUAUUCCUGCAUCAUUGAUGCGUUGGAGGGUCUUGGGAGACAGGAUGAGCUAAUGGUUGCACGUGCCCUCAUGGAAAAAUCAUGAUGGUGGUGUCAUGCAAAUUAACCGUGCGCAGCUUCUUCACAUCAGAAAGCAUGUCGAGUGCAGUCAUUUCCCAUCUAGGUUGUGGAUAAUAUUCGGAUUCUUCACUUUUUGCGCCACUUUGAUAUUGAACACAUAUCUAAUUGAUAAGGCAGUGGCGGCG